AUGUCCUGGAAGCGAAAGUUCGCGCCUAAGCCCGAGCCGCCUGUCGCGGCGGCUCCCUUCGAGCCUGAGACCUCUCCAAUGGACUCUGACUUUGAAGGAGCAGGCGACGGUUUAUUGGAGGAAGUCAUUACGCAGGACCCUCCGACAAGGCUCUACCCAGUCCUUGAUCAUGAAGACGAAACCGUCGUGGGACCGACAGACGAAACCGUCGUGGUACCACCAAACGAAUCUGUUGCCAUCCCUGAGAACGGCGAGAUGAUCAUCCAGAAUCAAACGUCACUGACUAAGACAUUCGGGCUUGGAGCGGCGUUUGCAGCGGGUGCUAUCACAGCAUCGAUCUUCCUCUGCUACCUCUACCGUUGGGCCCACCAACAGCAAUCCCCGCUUGCGCAAAGCUUCGCCGAGGAGCAUGAGCUCGCAUCAAUCACUCCACUCCCGGAAAUAACCGAAGAUGAGCUUGAUCCGGUCGAAGAUAUUGUCGUCAAUAUGAACGAGCUUUCUUUACAAGAAUCAAAAGAAGAAGCCGAAGAUAUCCAAGCGCCCGCGCAGCCAUCUGUCGCAACUCCGCAGCCAAAUGAAGAACCAGCUCUACAGGUCGAUGAGCACUCUGUCUCGCACCCAACUCCCGAAAUGAUGCAGCAGAUUCUUCAAGACCAAGUGGCUCAGCAGCUUCCGCCGCCCGCCCCCAUAUCAGAGAGCACUCCUCUUCCAGUUCGACCAACUCGAAGAAGCAGCCGAAAUGCAAAGGCACGAGUUUUCAAGGGAAAAUAUCCAAAAUAA